AAAAGAAAGCAAAAAUGCUCAUAGUGUGGAUACAAGGAAAAGACUUAAAAUUGAUAAAUGGAUUUUUUUUCACCUUUUCUUUUGAUUCCUUUCAAUUAUUAUGUCUGUCCAGUAAAAGGGAGCAGUAGUUUUUUUCACUGUUCCUAACCUAGUAAAGACAAAAACUUUUUUCACUAUCAGUUACAGCUACUCAGAUUGGAUGAGAACCUCUCUUCCUUAUUUCCUAUAUUUUGAAAGGUUCCCAACACUUGACUAAAGCACAUUUUAUUGGUAAUUUCAUUAGGUUUGUAACACCCUAUCUUAUUACUAAGAUAUUCUUGCUGUGUGGAAAUUGUUACACCUUUAAGUGUCAUCUUCAGUGCCAACUAUCUUACUACACAGGGGAAUCAAAAAGUACUACUUGUACAACUGACAAGGCCAGCCAAGGGAAAAAGUGAAGAAGAAGAAAGAGAUUUUUGUUGGGUAUGAAAAGAGGCUGAUAGAGCUUCUUUCUUUCUUGACAUAUUGGUAUGUGUGAAUGCAUGGACAAGAAAGUGGGCUACUAUGGAAAUUAGCCAAUGAGUUGUCUGAUACAAGGAAAUUGGCAGCAUUUUCUUCCUUACCAUUGUUACUGUUUCCCAAAUGGAUUCUUGAGAUCAGCAUUUGGUCAGAAACUAUGUUUAGUACACAAGAGGACCACCAACUUGAUGUGAUUUUUCAUACUGAUGGAGUACUUCAAGUUGGUACGUUUAUUCAUCUUUAUGGUUUUUAGCACUGUUAUAAAGGAGUACAUGAAAUUUCAACAGUAAUUUGACUGGAAAGUGUUUCUUCAUUGAUCCAUAUUACCACAAGUGUCAAUGUUCAAAUCAGUUGGAUGAUUUUCUUGGAUGGCAAGUUCAUUUGUACCUAUAGCAGGAGGAAUUGGAGGGGCAGUACUCCUCUUGGGAGUAAUUUGCUUUGUAUGUUUUCGCGCGUACCGCAGCAGGAAGAAUUCAAAUAAGAAUUCAGACUCAGCUUCUUCAGAUCCAUCUGCAGUAGUGGAGAUGAAAAGGGAAGCAUCUUUUGGUCCAUCAAGGCUAUUCAGAAUGGAAGAGUUGGAGAAAGCCACAAAUCAUUUUGAUGAAAACAAUCUCAUUGGUUGUGGAAGUUUUGGUCUGGUUUUCAAAGGGUUGCUCUGUGAUGGAACUGUCGUUGCUAUAAAAAGGCGUUUAGGGAUUCCUAAACAGGAGUUUACUGAAGAGGUUGCCCAUUUAUCAAGGGUUCAGCACCGGAACCUGGUCAGUCUUUUAGGUUACUGCCAAGAUAGUGGAUACUCCAUGCUGGUUUUUGAAUAUUUGCCUAAUGGAAGCAUGCGCAACCACUUGUAUGACACUGGAAGGGAAUCUGCAACAAAGCUAGAAUUCAAGCAAAGGUUAUCUAUUGCUAUUGGAACAGCUAAAGGAUUAAGUCAUUUACAUGGGCAACGCCCUUCAAUAAUCCAUGGGAACUUUAAAACAGCUAAUGUUCUGGUUGAUGAGGACUUCAUUGCCAAAGUUGCAGACGCGGGCAUUCUGAAGUUGCUCGAAAAAAUUGAUGAUGCAGGUCCAUCUGGCCUCAGUUCUGUCAAUGCUUUUAGAGAUCCAGAGAUAAACCAAAUUGGAAUUCUCUGUGAGACAAGUGAUGUUUAUAGUUUUGGGGUAUUCCUGAUAGAGCUCAUAACUGGAAGGGAUGCUUCACAUAUAGAUGAGUUUGGAUCAAACCAAAGCGUACUUGAUUGGGUUGAAAAAGAGCUGAGUUCAGAGGAUUUAGUGGAUCAUAGGCUGAUGGGAAGCUUCACGGGGGAGGUGAUGAAGGAUUUGAUCAAGAUAGCAUUGAGAUGCAUGAGUUUUCCUGGUAGAUAUAGGCCAACCAUGGAAACGGUUGUGUUGGAUCUUGAAAGGCUUCUUGAGAGGGAGAUCAUGCACACAACUGGUAUGGGAGAAGGUACUUCCACAGUUACUCUAGGAAGUCAAUUGUUUACAAACUGAAGCAGUGAUUUCUGUUUUCUCCAAAGAAUUCAGCCUGCAACUAAAUGUACAUCCGCUUGAAUGGUCUCCCCUCCUUCUGCUUCUUUUUACAAAGGUAGAGAAGCAAAAGGUCGUUGCCUGAAAUGUUAAUCGGCAACUAUUUUUUUGUUUGUUUUUUCAGUCCAUUACGCUAGCAAUCCUGAUAGGCGUUUAUGGGCAUUAUUGUUUGAUUUAUGAUAUUUAGCAUCCUGCUUGAUUGUGGUUGGGCCUUGAUGAUUAUUGUAACCAGAAGAAGAGGGAAACCUUCUUUGUUAGUACAAUAUCCCGUGCUCCUUUUACA